AUCACCGCCAUCAAUGGAACCAACAGCCAAGGAUAACACAAAUGCAACCAUCCUCCUCAUGGGGCUCCGUCGAGGUGGGAAAUCUUCUAUCUGCAAAGUCGUUUUCCACAACAUGCAGCCUUUAGAUACGCUCUACUUGGAAAGCACGUCGAAGCCCACCACCGAGCAAUUCUCAUCACUUAUCGACUUAUCGGUGAUGGAACUCCCGGGACAAUUAAACUACUUUGAGCCAAAUUACGACAGUGAGCGGUUGUUUAGUAGUAUCGGUGCGUUGGUGUACGUGAUCGACUCGCAGGAUGAGUACCUUAACGCCUUGACUAACUUGUCGAUGAUUAUUGAGUUUGCAUACAAGGUGAACCCCAAAAUCAAUAUCGAAGUGUUGAUCCACAAGAUCGAUGGAUUAAGUGAAGAUUACCGAAUAGAUGCUCAGAGGGACAUCAUGCAGCGGACUGGGGAUGAAUUGUUGGAUUUGGGGUUGGAAGGUGUCCAAGUGUCAUUCUACUUGACGUCAAUUUUCGACCAUUCGAUAUACGAAGCGUUUUCCCGGAUAGUCCAGAAGUUGAUUCCCGAGUUGCCUUCACUUGAGAACAUGCUUGACAAUUUGGUCCAGCAUUCAAGCAUAGACAAGGUUUUCUUGUUUGAUGUCAAUUCCAAGAUUUACGUUGCUACAGACUCGUCACCGGUUGAUAUCCAAACCUAUGAGGUAUGUGCUGAAUUCAUUGAUAUAACUAUAGACUUGGAUGACUUGUAUGUUGAGAAUGAAAGAACGAAGGGAGCCGUCGCCAGUGGAAGAGACAAGGAGCUUAAAUCAAUCAGUCACUUGUCCAACGGGUCCAUACUAUAUUUAAAACAAAUGAUUAGAGGAUUGGCUUUAGUUGCAUUGAUACGAAAUGAUGAUGUUAGAAAGGGAAGCACCGACACCAAUCAAGACAAAUCAUUAGCGAUUAUUGACUACAACGUUAAUUUAUUCAAGCAAUCUUUAAUUAAAAUCUGGAAGAAUUCAAGAUUAGAACAGCCAACGCCAAACGGAGGAGUAGCCGACCAACUCGCAUGAGCAGUAAAUACAUAUAUAUACUUACACGUAUAUACAUGUACACACAUGUAUACACACAUAUAUACACACUUUUAAUUCAACCAAAUCGCCCGACGUGACAAAACUAAAAAUGUGUAGUUUCACUUCAAAGAAGUAUUAGUGUAAAUCAAAAAUUAAAAGAUCCACACUUUCCAGUCCAAACCAGCGAUUCCCGAAAGAAUCACCUGAUAAGAACCAUAAGCGGAAAGUUGGCAAGAUGGUAUCAUGACGCGGUGCAAUGUCUCUGAUACCCCACGAUCACAAGACUACUUGAUCUCUUGUGAUAUCUCUAGGUAAGUAU